CCCUUCUGCCCCUGGUAAUUUUCGAAUUCUGCCCGUUUUUAAAACCCCGUCGCUUCAUGCAGCAGCGUACAGCGACAAUCCCGCGCCCGAUUUCUUUACGGCCCCGAUAAUUUAACCCCGUAAUUUAAUACUACCAGCAGUAGCAUCCCCGCCCCCGAUAAUUUACUUUAUUUCUUUUUUAAUUACGGUUUUCUGUAUCAUGCUCUCGUCUCUCCCUUUUUUGCUUUUAGUUUUUCGCCUUUUUAUUUCCUUCCUUCCUUCGCUAGCUCUGCUCUCUGCUUUGCUCCUUCUCUCCCUUUUGUUCUGCGCAAGCUCGCUCGCUGUUUCUUCUUCCUCUCGCCUCUUUCCCGGCUGCAGCGGAUCGGGGGAAUUUUUUUGAGGAUUUUGUUUCGGGAUUUUGUGGGAUUUUUUGUUCUGAUUCUGUGUUUUUUUUUAAAAAAAAUCUGGGGAUUUUUGAGGUUGGGUUUUAAGGAGGUGUUGUUGGCGGAGAUGGGGUCAGUGGAGCGUGGGUGCUCCAAUGGCGGGAGCUCGUGAGGGGAGAAGCCGUGGUAGUAGUUGGUGGUUCUCUGUGCAGCAUGGAGGCCGACAAGUCGGGGGAAGUGAGCGCCACGGCGACGGCGGCGGGGCCGUCGCCGUCACCGGUGGUGGUGUCCUCGGAGGCUACGGUGAGCUUCCAGCCGCAGUCGUCACCGGCGGCGGCGGCGGCGGUGGAGAGAGGUUUCUCGGGCGGCGGCGUGCUGGUGCCGCCGCCGGGCAUGGCGAUGGGAGGAGGAGGUCUGGCGGCGGCGAAGGUUGGGGGGAAGAAGAGGGGGAGGCCGCGGAAGUACGGGCCGGACGGGAGCCUGAUCCGGCCGCUCAACGCCACGCCGAUCUCCGCAUCGGCGCCGAUGCUGGCCGCCGCCGUCUCGCCCGGGCAGUACACGCCGGCGUCGGCCGUCGGCGCCGCCAUGAAGCGCGGCCGGGGCAGCCGCCCCCUCGACUUCUCCUCCUCCACCGCUGCCAUGGCCAAGCCCUACCACCACUACCAGCAACCGCCGCCGCCGCAGCAGACCCAGCAGCAGUUCGGCUUCCACUUCGACUCCAUCGGUGACAUGGUGGCGUGUUCUGCUGGUGGUAAUUUUACUCCUCAUAUCAUCACUGUUGCUCCUGGUGAGGAUGUGACGAUGAAGGUUAUAUCAUUUUCUCAACAAGGGCCGCGAGCUAUUUGUAUUCUCUCUGCUAACGGUGUGAUAUCAAACGUUACACUCCGCCAACCGGAUUCAUCUGGUGGCACAUUAACUUACGAGGGACGCUUCGAGUUGCUGUCCUUGUCUGGCUCCUUUAUGCCAACUGAAAGCAAUGGAGCACGGAGUCGAUCAGGCGGGAUGAGCGUUUCUCUUGCCAGUCCAGAUGGCCGUGUUGUCGGUGGUGGUGUUGCUGGCCUUCUGGUGGCAGCAAGUCCUGUUCAGAUCGUUGUUGGAACCUUCCUGCCGAGCUACCAGAUGGAGCAGAAGCCCAAGAAGGCGAGGGUGGACGCAGCAGCAGCAGCACCGGUCCUUAUCCACACACCUCCCGCCGUUCCACUCUCCAGUGCAGAGACACACAGCGGCGAGCAACAAGGGCAGCAGCACAGCUCCGCCGCCCCGAGAACGACGAAUGUUGUAACCUCGGCAUACAGCGCAGACCAAAGCUGGCCACCCGCCGUAGUCCAGCCGGCGCCUGUUGUUGACUCAUCCAGGACCUCGUCGGGCGAUCUGAAGCUCACUGCCUCGGGUGCCUGAAACCAACGCCGGACCUACUGGACUCGACGAACUCGAUCCACGGGCCUUUGGCCUGGUGCAUUUCCUUCUGACCUGUAAAAGAUGUGCUAUGAUCUGCAGUCCCACUAGGUUUUUUUCUCUGUCAAGGCAAGCUAGCUGAAAGAGUUGAGUCUAACUGCAUCUGCUGUAGCGUGUCGAUCUUAUUUGACAGUCUGUAGUUGCUACACCUGUAUUAUUAUUAGUGUGUUCUUAGGCCUUCUUCAUCUGUCGGAUUACUCGGAUUAAUCAUGCAUUAGAGUUUUCCUCUCCACUGUUCAUGCUGUACUAUUUCUGUCUCCUAAAUUAUGUACUUGUUCAGAGAAGAAGGUUGCCUAUGUUGCACUGA